AUGGUCAACGUCUUCAUCACUGGCGCCUCAGGUUUCGUCGGCUCCCACCUCACCCCCAUCCUCCUUGCCGCGGGGCACAAGAUUACUGCUAUCGCCAAGUCUGACGCAUCCGCAAAGAAGCUUGAGGACCAAGGUGUCACCGUCAUCCGCGCAAGCCUCGAAGACACCAAUGCUCUCGCUAAAGCCGCUUCCGCAUCCGACGGUGUGAUUCACCUUGGUUUCAUCCAUGACUUUUCCAACUUGGCCCAUUCCGUCAAGGUCGAUUUCGCCGCCAUCGAGGCAUUCGGCAAGGCCCUCAAUGGGUCGAACAAGCCCCUCAUAAUCGCCUCCGCCAUCCCCGUUACCGGAAUCCGCAACCCCUCCGAGCUCUCUCCCGGCACCCAGCCUCCUCGAGACAAGUCUGAGCACCUCACCACUUCCUUCACUUCCUCUGGCGUCCGCUCCCACGUCGUGCGCUUGUCGCCCACUGUCCACGGCGAUGGGGACCAAGCGUUCUUGACACACUAUGUCCAGCAGUCGAAGAAGGCUGGGUUUGCCGGAUAUAUUGGGGAUGGGGAGACCCAUUGGCCGGCUGUUCAUGUCAAGGAUGCGGCGGAGAUCUUCAAGCUCGCCUUGGAAAGCACGACUCUCAAGGGCGGCGAGAUUCUCCACGCUGCUCAAGACGCCGGUGUAGCCUUCAAAGACAUUGCUGCCGCUGUCGCUGGCCGUUUGGGCGUCGAGACGAAGAGUAUCACUGCCGAGCAAGCUGGGGAGACUUAUACCUGGCUUGGUGGCUUUAUCGCUGCUGAUACGGUGGCGGAGAGUCAGUUGACUAGGCAGUGGCUUGGGUGGGAACCAAAGGAGGAGGGGCUGGUGGAGGAUAUUAAGAGUAGCAAAUGGUACUUUGAGCCGGGAACUGAGACCAAGUUUUGA